AUCUUCUUUCUACACCAUCCACUACCUCGUGGACCGCCAGCACAAUCACAAGCUCAUAUCCAUAACUCUGGACAACCACAAGCUCAUACCCACAACUCUGGACAAUCGCAAGCUCAUAUCCACAACUCUCGACCGUCGCCGCCAUGGACCAACAACCAAACUCGCCCAUCAGGCCCAAGCACAUCCCUUCGCACAUGAUCAACGGCUCUUCUCCCCUCGUCUCGCAGGAGAACCGGGAUGCGCGUGAGAGGGAGAACGCCUUCAAGUCCAUCAAGUCCUCGAUGGGCCCCAAGAAAGAGCCUCUCGAUCUCGAGGGCAACUACUUCCAACCUCAGACCCACGCUCAGCCGCGCGACAAGCGCCCUUCGAGGCUGGCAAACCUGGACGAGGUUGACGCCAGAGACCCGCGUGACGACUGGGCUUCCCAGCAGACUAGCCGAGCCAGCAGCCCCUACACCCUCGCUCCUACCAUCGAUUUCGAUGGUCUCAGUUGGCCCAGCACUGGCACUCGCGAAAGACUCGAGUCCACCCCCGAAGAGGCCGCCGCCCGCCUAGAGAAGCUCUCGGGAGCAGUCCGUACACUUCUCGAAUGCAUCGGAGAGGACCCUGAAAGAGAAGGUCUCCAUGGCACACCCAUGCGUUAUGCAAAGGCCAUGAUGUACUUCACCAAGGGCUACGAGGAGAACCUGAGAGACAUUGUUAAUGGCGCAGUCUUCCACGAGGACCACGACGAGCUCGUCAUUGUAAAGGACAUUGAAGUCUUCAGCCUUUGCGAGCAUCACUUGGUCCCCUUCACCGGAAAGAUGCACAUCGGCUAUAUUCCUAAUGGUCGUGUUAUCGGCCUUUCCAAACUCGCACGUAUCGCCGAGAUGUUCUCCCGCCGCUUACAGGUCCAAGAGCGCCUGACCAAGCAAGUCGCCCUCGCCCUCUCCGAGGUCCUUCAGCCUCAAGGUGUCGCCGUUGUCAUGGAAUCAAGCCAUUUGUGCAUGGUAAUGCGUGGUGUUCAGAAGACCAGCGCUACAACCACCACCAGCUGUAUGCUCGGUAGAAUGAGAUCUACCGCCAAGACGAGAGAGGAGUUCUUGAAUUUGAUCAACAGAAAGUAGACAAGCAAACAAGGGUCAGCAUUCGGUGAUAGACAGGCGCAGGCGUUCCUCGGAGUACAUGGAUUUCAGAUGAAGGAUGAAUGGCCACUCAACAGCCAGGUUACGGAAUGAUACCACUCAACGAUCGUAAGUAAAUGAACGAAUUUUGCAUA